GACCCCACCCACUCCCAGUCCCAUCUGAACAUGGCAGAUGCGGGAAGUUACCAAGCCGGUUUCGGCCCCAGGAUGUGGCAGCACUGUGCCCUGCUCCUGUCCCUGUCCCUGCUACCAGUGGUGUCUGGAGGAGCUGACUCCAAGGCUGUCACCACCAGUCUCACCACCAAGUGGGCCUCUACCCCUCUGCUGCUGGAGGCCAGUGAGUUCCUGGCAGAAGAGAGUCAGGAGAAGUUCUGGGAUUUUGUCGAAGCCAAUCAGAACAUCAAAGGGGAACAUGAUGAUACAGACCAGGCAUACUACGACCUGAUCGUGAAGAGAGCCAGUGCUCUGCUCAGCACAGUCCAACUCAACAUGCUCAAGUUCGCCCUCUCUCUCAGGGCCCACUCUGCUACUGUACACUCCUUCCAACAAAUAGCGUCCAACGAGCCCCCUCCCUCUGGUUGCUCAGCCUUCUUCAAUGUCCACGGAGAGAAGUCAUGUGACACGGAGAAAUUGGCUGCACUGAUGGAGAACGCACCAGAACGGCCCAAGCCCUAUCUAUUCAAAAGCGAUCACAGGUUCCCGGGAUCAAAUCCCGACGCUCCGGUUGUUAUCCUGUAUGCCGAGAUUGGAAGUUCGGAAUUCACAAUGUUCCAUCAGCUGAUGCUGUCCAAAGCCAACAAGGGACUGGCCACAUAUGUGCUUCGUCACUACCUGGCUUCUCCCAGCAGUGGUAGAGUGUAUUUGUCUGGUUAUGGAGUGGAGCUGGCCAUCAAGAACCAGGAAUACAAGGCUAAGGAUGAUACCCAGGUCCAGGGAGCGGAAAUGAAUGCUACACUGAUGGGAGAGAAUGACCCAGUGGAUGAGGUCCAGGGAUUCCUCUUUGGAAAACUGAAGACUCUGUACCCUGAGCUGAAGGAGCAGCUGAAGGAGCUAAGGAAACACCUGGUGGAGAGCACCAAUGAGAUGGCUCCCCUCAAAGUCUGGCAGAUGCAAGAUCUGAGUUUCCAGACUGCAGCUCGGAUCCUGGCUGCUCCAUCUUCAGAUGCCCUGAAUGUCAUGAGAGACCUCAGUCAGAACUUCCCUACCAAGGCUAGGUCCAUCACUAAAACAGUGGUCAGCUCUGAGAUACGUAAAGAGAUGGAAGAGAACCAGAAGUUCUUUAAGGGAACUCUGGGAUUGCAGCCUGGAGACUCUGCUCUCUUCAUCAACGGACUACACAUAGACCUAGACACACAGGACAUCUUCAGUGUGUUUGAGGUCCUCCGUAGUGAGGCCAGGGUGAUGGAAGGUCUGCGUUCUCUCCUCAUCGAGACUCCCUACAUCCACGACAUCCUCAAGCUCAACGUACAGCCUUCUGACUCGGACUACGCUGUGGACAUCCGCAACCCUGCUAUCAACUGGAUUAAUAAUCUGGAGACAGACAGCAGGUACGGUUCAUGGCCCUACAAUGUCCAGGAGCUCCUCAGACCAACCUUCCCCGGAGUCAUACGACAGAUCCGCAAAAACUUCCACAACCUCGUGGUGAUUCUGGACCCCACCCAUGAGAGUUCUGCUGAGCUGUUGAAUGUUGCUGAGAUGUUCUACAGCAAUAACAUCCCACUCAGGAUUGGGCUGGUGUUUGUGGUGUCUGAUGUUGAUGAGAUAGAUGGUAUGGAGGAUGCAGGUGUGGCUCUGCUCAGAGCAUUUAACUACAUCACAGAAGAGCUGGACGCUCCCGCCGCCUUCGACGCCAUCAUCUCGAUGUUUAACCGUGUGCCUAGCGGUGGUAAGCUAAGUGUAGGUGACGUAGUCAAGGUGUUGGAGAAGAAGUUUCCCUACGUGGAGGUCAGCAGCAUUCUAGGACCUGACUCCACUUAUGACGACAACAGGAAGGAAGGGCGUGGUUACUACUUGCAGACGGGGGUAGGUCCGUUGCCAGUGGUGAUGUUCAACGGAAUGCCAUACCAGAGAGAACAGCUAGACCCUGAGGAGCUAGAAACUGUCACCAUGCACAAAAUACUGGAGACUACCAGCUUCUACCAACGGGCUGUCUACCUGGGUGAGCUGGCCACUGAUCAAGAUGUGGUGGAUUUCAUGAUGACCCAACCCAACGUUGUCCCUCGUAUCAACCCCCGAAUCCUGUCUACUGCCAGGACAUACCUGGACCUAUCUAAUACCAAUAACCACUUCAUAGACGAGUACGCUCGCUUUCUGUUCCUGGACACCAGAGAGAAGAGCACUGCUGUGGCUAACAGCAUGAACUACAUGACCAAGAAAGGGAAGGCCCCCAAGGACCACCAUGAUGAUGGCUACAUCCGUCCAGUCACAUUCUGGGUUGUGGGAGAUUUUGACCAACCUUCCGGCCGCCAGCUACUAUACGAUGCCAUCAGACACAUGAAAACGAGUAACAACGUGCGAUUGGGCCUGAUCAACAACCCCAGCGACAGCCCAUCCGAGGAGAACAGUCGUGUUGCCAGGGCGAUAUGGGCGGCCAUACAGACCCAGACAGCUAACAACGCUAAAAACUACAUCACCAAGCUGGCUAAAGAAGAGACCGCUAAGGCACUGGAGACUGGGGCUGACGUCACACAGUUCACUGUCGGGGGUAUGGACGUAGCCUUGUUUAAGAGUGCGUUUGAAGGUCCUAAGUUUGACUUCCUGCUGUCUCACGCUGUCUACUGCCGAGACGUUCUCAAGCUGGGGAAAGGACAGAGAGCAGUCAUCAGCAACGGACGGAUCAUUGGUCCGCUAGAGGAUGGGGAGGUCUUUAACCAAGAUGACUUCCUCCUAUUGGAGAGUAUCAUUUCGAAGACCUCGGGAGAGCGAAUCAAAAGCAAGGUCCAGCAGUUUGGGGUUGAGGAGGACAGGGCCAGUGACCUGGUGAUGAAGAUUGACUCUCUGCUCUCCUCUCAGCCCAAAGGAGAGGCCAGAAUAGAACAUGCCUUUGCUGAUGACCAAUACAGUGCUGUAAAGAUCCGGCCCACAGAGGGAGACGUCUACUUUGACAUGGUUGCCGUGGUAGACCCCGUAACCAGGGACGCCCAGAAACUAGCUCCGCUCCUAUUGGUGUUGAAGAAGCUGGUCAAUGUGAACCUGCGCGUGUUUAUGAACUGUCAGUCCAAACUCUCAGACCUGCCUCUCAAAAGUUUCUACCGGUAUGUGUUGGAGCCUGAGGUGGUGUUCCAGACGGAUGGUAGUUUCUCCCCUGGUCCCCUGGCUAAGUUCCUGGACAUGCCCCAAACGCCCCUCUUCACACUCAACCUCAACACCCCUGAGAGCUGGAUGGUGGAGUCUAUACGCACUAGAUAUGACCUGGACAAUAUCUACCUGGAAGAGGUGGAUAGUAUAGUAGCAGCAGAAUAUGAGUUGGAACAUCUGCUGGUGGAGGGUCACUGUUUUGACGUGAGUACAGGUCAGCCCCCCAGAGGACUCCAGUUCACCCUGGGAACCUCCUCCGACCCUGUCAUCGUCGACACCAUCGUCAUGGCCAACCUGGGUUAUUUCCAGUUGAAGGCUAACCCAGGAGCCUGGAUACUGAAGCUGAGGAAAGGACGGUCUGAUGAAAUCUACAAGAUCUACAGUCAUGAGGGAACAGACUCUCCAGCAGACGCUGAUGACCUCAUCGUGGUGCUGAACAACUUCAAGAGCCGGAUCAUCAAAGUCAAGGUCCAGAAGAGGCCAGAGAAGUUGAGUGAGGAGCUGUUGAGUGAUGGAACUCAGGAGAACGACUCAGGCUUCUGGGAGUCACUCACCAGAGGGUUUACAGGAGGUGUGAAGCCGGAGGAGAGUAAACAGGAGAAGGAUGACGUCAUCAACAUCUUCUCUGUGGCCUCUGGACACCUCUACGAACGUUUCCUCAGGAUCAUGAUGUUGUCUGUUCUGAAGAACACUAAAACACCAGUCAAGUUCUGGUUCCUCAAAAACUACCUGUCCCCAGCAUUUAAGGAGUUUAUCCCGUACAUGGCAGAGCAGUAUGGUUUCCAGUAUGAACUAGUCCAGUACAAAUGGCCGCGGUGGUUACACCAGCAGACUGAGAAACAGAGGAUCAUCUGGGGUUACAAGAUCCUGUUUCUGGAUGUACUGUUCCCUCUGUCUGUCGACAAGUUCUUAUUCGUGGAUGCAGAUCAGAUAGUGCGUACAGACCUGAAGGAGCUCCGUGACUUUGACCUUGAAGGAGCUCCGUAUGGCUACACACCGUUCUGUGAGAGCCGGAGAGAGAUGGACGGAUUCCGCUUCUGGAAGUCUGGCUACUGGGCGAGUCACCUCGCUGGACGCAAAUACCACAUCAGUGCUCUGUAUGUCGUAGAUCUGAAGAAGUUCCGUAAGAUAGCAGCAGGAGACAGACUGCGAGGACAAUACCAAGGCCUGAGUCAAGACCCCAACAGCCUGUCCAACCUCGACCAGGAUCUGCCUAAUAAUAUGAUCCACCAGGUUCCUAUCAAGUCUCUGCCUCAGGAGUGGCUCUGGUGUGAGACUUGGUGUGACGACAACUCUAAGAAGAAGGCCAAGACUAUAGAUCUGUGUAACAACCCCCAGACCAAAGAACCCAAGUUGCAGGCAGCUGUUCGUAUCGUAGCAGAGUGGAGCGACUACGACCAGGAGAUCAAACGCCUGCAGAACAGAGUCCAGGAGAGAGGAGCAGAGAACUAUACCACACAGAAGGACAAGCCAGAUGAUACACAUAUAGAGUUGUGAGAGACCAGUGGAUGGAAGAUGUGGCUGUAGCAGUAACAAAAGAUGGAACCAUGUUUAUAGACACUGCUGUUCUCCUUUGGAACAGCAUUGACAGACAGACUGCAAACCAAUGCCCAUUCAAUCAUUCAUUUUCCAUUUAUUUGUAUUUUCUCUGUUUUGAGAGUGGCGAGGAUACAGGGAAGGGGUGCUGGGUGGGGAUGGUCGGGGUGACUGUUAGUGGAUGGUCGGGGUGACUGUUAGUGGAUGGUAGGGGUGACUGUUAGUGGAUGGAUAUGUGUGUGUGAAGACAUUAAUCAUUACGAAAUAUCUGACAUUUCCAACAGUUUCCCCUCCCUCCAAUAUUUUUGAUCCAUCCAUGUUUGCACUGAUUAGGACACCUGCUUAAACAACUGUCUGUCUGUGGGUAGAGGUUUGGGCUUAGGAGUUAAAUCACAAUGAUAAAUAGCAGCUUAAGUUAUGAGAUUAGUUUUGGCCUUCUGUUUCUGUGCUUUAGACUUCAGUUGUCCAUGGCCUGUGUCAAACUCAGGGAAAGAUGGUUUUGGCCAAUCGAUCUGAUUCAAAAACUCGUAAUGACAAUACAAAGAGGACUGAGGCGACAAUUUAUUUAAUGUAAAACAGACAUUAGUUCUGUCAUGUAAUAAAAUAGGGAUUAAUAUCUCUACAAAACAUUUUUUGUCUGCAACAUUCAGAACGUUACAUCCUUCUGUACGUGAUGCCGGCUGAUGUGGAGUGUAAAGGGAUAUGUGUGGGUGAGGACUAGUGGGGACAUAUCAGCGACAGACAGGUCACAGGUACUGGGAGUUCCAUGAUCACUCAAAUUGCUUUUAACAGGGAAUUGAAAGUCAGCAGGCAUAAGACUAGAAUGCUGUAGUUGAGGGUGGCCAAUCUUAUCCACAAAAGGUCUAUGUGGGGUCUUGUUCUAGCAACACACCCAUUUCAUCUAGUCAGUCUUUAAUGAAGAUGAUGAUUAGUGGUCUAGUUGAAUCAGACUGUUUGACUGGAACAAAAGCCUGGGUCAGAUUGGCCACCCCUGCUGUAGUUAACUCCUGUUUCUCUGCUGUGGUCUGUUCUGGAGUAAACACUGUUAGUCAUCCAUUGCAAACCUCUGGCUGUUUCCGAUCUCUUUGUUUUGGCUAAAUAUGUACUGUUAAUUGUGGGAAAUCAAUAUUUUGUAAUAAAAAUCAAGGAACCCAA